AUGAUGAACGGCUACAACGAGAAGCGCGAGCUGGACGAAGAUGCCUUCGGCCCAAAAGGCAACAUCGUCAGCGCCUUUGACGCAUUCCCAAAAUCCAAGCCGCAGUACGUGACGCGCACGUCGGGCGGCGGCAAGUGGACCGUCGCCAUGGGGCUCGUCUCGCUCGUGCUCUUCUGGAGCGAGCUGGGCCGCUGGUGGCGCGGCACCGAGGAGCACACCUUCGCCGUCGAGAAGGGCGUCUCGCACGUGCUCAACAUCAACCUGGACGUCGUGGUCCGCAUGCGCUGCGCCGACCUGCACGUCAACGUGCAGGACGCCGCCGGCGACCGCAUCCUGGCCGCCGACCGGCUGUCGCGCGACCCCACCGCCUGGGCCCACUGGGUCGACGGCAAGGGCAUGCACAAGCUCGGCCGCGACGCCCAGGGCCGCGUCAUCACCGGCGAGGGCUACACGGCCGAGCACGACGAGGGGUUCGGCGAGGAGCAUGUGCACGACAUCGUCGCCCUGGGCAGGAGGAGGGCCAAGUGGAGCAGGACGCCGCGCCUGUGGGGGGCCGAGCCUGACAGCUGUCGCAUCUACGGCAGUCUGGAGCUGAACAAGGUGCAGGGCGACUUCCACAUCACCGCGCGGGGCCACGGGUACAUGGCGUUUGGGGACCACCUCGACCACAAUGCCUUCAACUUCUCACACAUCAUCUCGGAGCUCUCGUUCGGGCCGUUCCUCCCCUCGCUCGCCAACCCGCUGGACCGCACCGUCAACAUCGCGACCGCGCACUUCCACAAGUUCCAGUACUUCCUGUCGGUGGUGCCGACGACGUACAGCGUGGGGCGGCCGGGGGCGCUGGGGGCGCGCUCCAUCUUCACGAACCAGUACGCGGUGACGGAGCAGAGCCAGGAGGUGCCCGACACGACGAUCCCGGGCAUCUUCGUCAAGUACGACAUCGAGCCGAUCCUGCUCAACAUCGUCGAGACCCGCGACGGCUUCUUCGUCUUCCUGCUCCGCGUCAUCAACGUCGUCAGCGGCGUGCUGGUCGCCGGCCACUGGGGCUACCGGCUGAGCGACUGGGUCGCCGAGGUGCUCGGCCGCCGGAGGAGGGAGCAGAGCGUCGGUGUGCUGGGCGUCAAGGGGCAGUAUGAUGACUGA